GGGAGAGGGAGGGGAUAUACAGUCAGACCAGCAGAGUCAAAGAAAGAGAAACAGGGGAGAGAGGCCUUCCUUCGAGAUUUCAAGCGCGAAUCUUGCACAACUGGUGACAAAUUGAAGGUUGUUGAUACGGAAUCUGUGAUUAAGCAUUAUAUCGGAAGAAUAUCUUCUCUGAGUGUGAGUUUUCUGCAGGAAUUACCUGCUAUAAAUGGCUUCUUUCCGAGCUUUCUUGAACAGUCCUGUUGGCCCCAAAACUACUCAUUUCUGGGGACCAGUUGCAAACUGGGGAUUCGUGGCUGCUGGAUUGGUUGACAUGCAGAAACCGCCAGAGAUGAUAUCUGGCAACAUGACAGCAGCCAUGUGUAUAUAUUCUGCACUGUUUAUGAGGUUUGCGUGGAUGGUGCAGCCGCGGAACUACCUACUUCUUGCAUGCCAUGUCUCAAAUGAAUCUGUCCAGCUCUAUCAACUAUCACGCUGGGCAAGGGCUCAGGGGUACUUGUCCCAAAAGAAAGACGAAGCCUCGUCGCAAUAAUAUGUUGCUGGGUCUUUCUUUCCCCAUUUCGUUGGUCUUAUGGCAAUUUCGUUACUGAGAAGCUUGCUUUCAUGCUAUCUAAACAGUAAUUUGCUGGUCUUUAGUGAUCGCAACUUGAUAUGUAUAUUUUCGCGUUGUAAUUGACGAUUUACUUUCAGCAAGUGAUGCUUGCAUGGAAACUUGAUCUCCUGUUGGACUUGGAUGCACAAUAAUACGACUCGAACCGUCGCAUUGCCCUGAAAAA